UAUAUCGGCUCUACCAAUUAACAAUGUUUUAUUCACGAAUGAAAUGACACUUGUAUGGCUUUAUAUUUGUAGUGUCGUGAUACUGUUUCGGUGUUCGAACGGAAUCAGAGGUGGGAUUGAGGUUUCUACCGCGAAGGGCUAUGUGGUUUACUUAGUAAUGGCAAAGGAUUCUGAUCAAAAGUACAUUGGCUGGACUUGCGGCGGGGCAAUAGUUUCAAAAUGGCACAUUUUGACUUCUGCUGCAUGUGUAACGGACGUUGUGUACAUGUACGCAAUUGCUGGCUACGAUACAUACGUGCCCACUGAUGAACUUGAUAAAGAUAAGUGCACUAGGAAUACGAGGAAAAAGAUAGUCCACCUUUAUUCACAUAGAGAUUACAAAUUUCGCUACAAGGAAAUGACCCAAUGGGCUAUGAUUGACAUAGCUUUGGCAAGAGUUGAAUCACAUUAUAUAUUUGAUGAUGAGGUCUACACUACUUAUUGUUCAUACAAACCUACCAUUAUACCUAUUAACUAUGACUCGAAAUACCAAGGACCUACAACUGAUGUAAUUAUAUUCGGUUGGGGACAUAGACGUUACUGGCGAGAGGAAGGAGAUACCACUGACUACAAUCAAAAGAAAUUACACUAUGCCUCGACAAAAAUAUAUCCCCAGGAAUUAUGUAAAGAAUUUUAUGAGCCUGACAUGCAUUCAGCCAUAGAAAGAUACAUGUUCUGUACACACGGGCGGGGGAAACUAGAUGAAACCGGAAACCAUAUCAAUGGAACAACAAACAAACUAAUAGAUGGGUGCUCCACAGUGUUGCAAAAUGGGGAGAUACGAUGGCAAUGUAUAGGAGUACAAGAAAAGGAAACUUUAGACAAUUGGAUGAAAAUUAAUAAUACAACUUCAGUUAAGUAUAAGAAAGUUGGAAUAUGUCAGAAUGAUCACGGCGGGCCUGUUGUAGCUUGGGUGGGUUCGCGAGAGGUAGUGAUUGGAGUCGCAUCUGGGUUCAGAGUAUCAUCACAACUGAAGUGCAUUGGCCCUUGUUUAAUGACCAGUACUUUUUGCAGUGGAUAUUUCUUAGAUUGCAUUUUAAGCAGUACUAGAAUCGUACAAGGGAUAAAGAAUGCAGAAGGAAAGUGUGUAGCGAGACCGUUCGAUGACGUCGGCGGUGAUAUCACCAUAUUGGAACGAACUAUUUCCUGGUACAACCAUUCUGAUGGGCCAGCAGAUAAUGAAUAGUAUCAUCACACGACGCCUUAAAAUCACAAGUAUUCCUUAAGAUGAUAAUUCUUUAAUGAGUUUGAAGUCACAACUCAUAACAAAGAGUUGAUUAAAGAUACAAUUAAUAAUAAAAACCGAUGAAAAAAUAAUUCAAAAAGUCUUAUUGAAAAAAGAGUUUUUUAUCAUGAAGCCACAACCUGAGAGUUGAACAAAGCAUACAAAAUUUAUCAACGAUGCGUCACUCCAACGGUUAGCUCAGUUUGAACAGCGCUCGCACGGCAUUCGGAUUCGUCUCGGAUUCGAGUCCCGCAUCGUUCAUAAAUUUAGUUUUCAAAUUUAAUUUGUGUAAUCAAUACCAGAAGUGAGGGUAAUCACUUUAAAACAUAACAAAUUGUUUAGAUUUGCAAGAGCAACAUCUCAAGUCAAUUUCCUAAUAUGCAAAUAUCGGGGUUGAGCAGGUUAUCAACUGUAAAGUAGAUACUGUAGAUGAAGCCACAACCUGAGAGUUGAACAAAGCAUACAAAAUUUAUCAACAAUACACCACUCGAAGGGUUGGCUCAGUUGGAAGAGCGCUCGCACGGAACGCGGAUGUCGCGGGUUCGCGUCCCGCGUCGUUCAGAAAUUUUGUAUUCAAUUUUUAUUUGUGUUAUUAAUCCCAGAAGUGAGGGUAAUCCCAUUAAAACAUAACAAUUUGUUAAGAGUUUUAAAAUCACUCAUUGAAUGUCUUUACCAAAAGAUUUACCACAGAUAUGAGAAGUAAGUAAACUGCAUUAGAAUUAAAUUUUUACAAAGAAUAUCAUACAAUUAAUAAUUA